AUGGUCGCCCCGGACGUCGACCCGUGCCAGGAUUUCUUCAAGUUCGCUUGCGGAAAGUACCUGAAGAACAACCCACUCAAGCGGUUCGAUUUUGCGGUCGGCGUCACCAAUGAUCUAAAUGACCGUGUGACGAAUGCGAUCAUCGCUACACAUGAAGACGCUGAUCAAGAACCGCUACGCCAGGGUCGUAAUACCCCCGGGGCCUUUACACGAGUAUCUGAGGUUUUUGAAGAGCUAAACUCGACUGGAUUGGCGAGUACUCGGAAGUGGCUGCUGAGCCGUGAUCGCCGAGCUGGUGUUGGACCGAAUCCACGAGAUUGGCGAGAAAUACGAGGAGAUCAACAAGGUGAGCAGCUCCGCAUGGUUCUUGGGGAACACACUGGC